AUGGACCGCCGAGUGGUUUCAUCCGAACAAUGGCGAUUACCAAGUAACAGAAAGCUGUUGAGCCGCUAAGGACGGCGAUUGGGACUUUGGGGUGAAAGCUGUGUUAGGUUUUUCGGCGAUGGAGAGCCUGCCGGAGUUUACCGAGGACAUGCGGCAGCGGCCUCGGACGGUGGCGGUGGGGAUACGGGACUGGGGGGAGCCGGGGCCGCCGUCCAUGUUGUUCGACAGAGCCGCUCGAGCCCACAGUUGUCGAGCCCCCUGGGCACAAGACCGCACCACCGUACGGGACAUGGAGCUGUCCUACAUCUGGUCCAGUAUGUCUCUCACCAGACCCCCCUCCAGCACGUUUGGGGGACCACCCCCCACCAGGGCCACAGCAGGGGGGCGAAGGCUCUCCAGACUAUCGAAACUGUCUUCGAGUAGUGUCAUGAAACCAAAAACUCCUUCCAAGCUGCUGUAUGAGUCUGAUGCCACUACAACGAGCGAGGCUGGGAAAGUGUACUGGCCACGUGGCCUGGCUGUCAGCCAAGCGGGCGACAUCUUCGUGGCCGACACCGCCAACCAUCGCAUCCAGGUCUACACCCCCUGCGCGAUCCACAAGGCCAGCUUUGGGUCCUUUGGGACAGGGACCGGUCAGUUUGACCAGCCGAGUGCGGUGGCCAUGUGUGGGGACCACCACAUCGCUGUGGCUGAUAUGAAGAACAAACGCGUGCAAAUAAUGUCUGAAAGCGGCCGCACAAAGUGCGUGUUCCCCACCCAGUGGGAGCCCCAUAGUAUCGUGUGUGAUCCUGACAGAAAUGUCAUUGUGGCGAACAGCAACAACGAAAUCGAGGUCUACUUCCCUGACGGAGAACUGUACACGACUUUCAAAGUCAACGAGGGGCUGCCGUACAGGAGUUACCAGUGGCCAUUAUUCGUCACCCAGAACACGAGAAACGAGAUCGUUGUCUCCGAUCCGGUCACCCAGCUCGUCAAGUUUUAUGACUACGAUGGGGACUUGCAGUCGGAGUUCAGGCCGACCGUGCGACAGGGGGUCGGGGUUCGGGUCGUCCCCCGCGGGAUUUUCUGCGAUCGUGUUGACAACAUCUUUCUGGUGGAUGGACUGAACCAUACCGUGAACUACUACAGCGACAACGGAUGGCAUCUUGAACAGAUGCUGACGUCGGCCCACGAGCUGGGCACCCCGCAGGCCGUGGCCCUGACGCCGGAGAAACACCUGGUGGUGACGGAGUGCAGCGUCAACGGCAGCCACUGCGUCAAAAUCUUUCGCGGGUUCUCCUGCGACUGCCACAAGUCCCGCCCAGGCUCGGUCAAGCGAAAGUCGGCCGGCAUGAUGCAGCCUGUUAAGAGCGCCCCCGCUGCCAUGAUAUCCAUGGGUAUUUCUGCAAUACGAGAAUGAUGUGUGGUGUAAUUGAACACCAGAUCGCAGGCUGUUAUUGACAAAGUGAAGUCAACCGUCAACACAUUGAGUGCCGUCUGAAAAGAGGCCACGUGACCAAGCUUCGCCUGAUUGAAUGUUACCAUGUAAUGAAGCUAUGCAACACUGAAGUAUAAUACUUGCCAGCCAUUGAAGCAUGGAAAUAAAUACUAAACAUGACAAAGGUAGUAAACUCAAGACUGCUGCUGUUUUUGCAGGGCCUUGUGUUAAUGUGAUGAACAAAGAGAACCUUGGACCCAAACUUUGUAUACAAAUGUGCUUCUGUUAUCACACUAUAGAUAGUGUGUGCAAUAUUACUACUGUACUGAAAAGUUUUGUUCAUGUUUACCACAUUUAACGAUAACAGUUGUAAUGGGGGUCUUUGUUUAAGAACAUCCCAACGUGGGAUUUUUUAAAAUGGAACAUUAUGUAUAUGUACAAUGUAUCUUGAUUGAUUUAAAAUCUUCUAUUGACAGUAGCAAAGUGAUUACCAGGGACAAUUUGUAACCUGGAUACCAAAAUUAUUUGUCGAAUGAGCUGCAGAGUCACUGUCGUCCUGUCCACAAAUACAUACUGAGAGGAAAAAGAGACCGAGUCAGCUAGAAUUCCGGUUAGUUUGGUAACCAGGCUAGACAAUUUGAUCUUAACGUUAUAUGCAAAUAAAUAAGUCCAAUUGUACAGAAGACCCAAUGUAAGUGUGAAGAAUGUUUUACGCACAGUUGAGAUUCUAUGCUUUACACCAGUGGCAUGUUGUGAUGCACCUUUACUUAUACAUGUAAUUGUUGAAGUGAUCUAUAAAGUCCACUCAGUCUCCACUAUAGUGCCAAAUUAGAAACAUUGUAUUGUCGGUAUGACUUGAUGCCAAAUUAUGGCUUCUUAGUUGCUUGUAGAGAAAUGAGUUGUUUCUGUGAUCGAAGUAUGACGUGGAAUUAUUUCUUCCUGAGAAUAAUUGAUUCUCAAGGUAUUAUAUCUUGAAUCAGGAAAAUAUCACUGCAUUAGCAUCAUUGCUGCUGUUAUAAGAUUAACUGUUGUAUGAUGUAUGGUUCUAUGGUGUAUGAUUCUGAUUUAGAAAUAGCUAUAUAUAUUUGACAGAGAAUGACUAUGACAAUAAUUCUAACUUUACUGCUGCUAUAGUUCACAAAGUGGAAGAAAAUCAAAUCAGGUACAGUGUUCACACACUCAGCAUUACUUCGUAUGUAAGAUUAUGACUUUUUGCACUAAAAGUCUGUGGUAUUAAUUGUCACCAUCUGGGGUAGUACUGGUACAGUAGUACUGCCUUUUACAUUUGUAUGUGUCACCAUGACGUAUGAUAUGAGGAAAAUGACAAUAAAAUUGACUCAAUCAUUAAACAUUA